AGGUGCAAGCUGAGCAGGCCACCAGCAGUUGAGUUCUGCCCUCCCCCGUCUCGCACGGGUUGCUAUUGCGGUGUCGUUUGCUGUCGCUGUGAGUGGACCAGGGUUGAGAGGGCCGCCAAUGCUUGGGGACUCUGGCCGAGCUGGUUGGAGCGCCACAGCUCCAAUGCGCGCGUGGGUGUGGUAGGGGCGCUGAGGACGAACAACCCUGUCUGUACCUGGGCGGGUGGCAGCUCAGGUCUGGUUUCCUGAGACUGCCACACAUGGACUCCCAUAAACCUCCGAAGGAAAGUGUCCUCAUUACAGGAGGAGGUGGCUAUUUUGGUUUCCGCCUAGGCUGUGCUCUGAACCAGAAGGGAGUCCAUGUGAUUCUGUUUGACAUCAGCACCCCUGCUCAAACCAUUCCAGAAGGAAUCAAGUUCAUACAUGGGGACAUUCGCCACCUCUCUGACAUAGAGAGAGCGUUCCAGAAUGUGGAUGUCACGUGUGUGUUCCACAUUGCCUCUUAUGGCAUGUCAGGGCGGGAGCAACUGAAUCAAAACCUGAUUGAAGAAGUCAAUGUGGGGGGCACAGACAACAUCCUCCAGGCCUGCAGGCAGAGGGGGGUGCCAAGAUUAGUUUACACUAGCACUUUCAAUGUCGUCUUCGGAGGUCAAGUUAUCAGAAAUGGAGAUGAAUCUCUGCCUUACCUACCUCUUCACCUCCAUCCUGAUCACUACUCUCGGACCAAAUCUAUUGCAGAGAAGAAGGUGCUGGAAGCCAAUGGUAUAUCCCUGGAGAACAACGGUGUCUUAAGAACUUGUGCCCUGAGGCCAGCUGGCAUCUAUGGGCCUGGAGAACAAAGGCACCUUCCCAGAAUAGUGAGCUACAUCGAGAGGGGCCUGUUCAAGUUUGUGUAUGGGGAUCCCAAGAGCCUGGUUGAAUUUGUCCAUGUGGAUAACUUGGUUCAGGCUCACAUUCUGGCUGCAGAGGCCCUGAAAGCUGACAAGGGCUACAUUGCCUCUGGGCAGCCCUAUUUCAUCUCAGAUGGCAGACCUGUGAACAACUUUGAGUUCUUCCGGCCUUUGGUUGAGGGCCUGGGGUACCCAUUCCCAUCCAUUCGCCUGCCCUUGACCAUCAUCUACUAUUUUGCUUUCCUAACAGAGAUGGCCCAUUUCAUUUUGGGUCAACUCUACAACUUCCAGCCCUUUCUUACCCGCACAGAAGUUUACAAAACUGGUGUCACACAUUACUUUAGUCUAGAGAAGGCCAAGAAGGAGCUGGGUUAUAAGGCUCAGCCAUUUGACCUCCAGGAGGUGGUAAAAUGGUUUCAAGCCCGUGGUCAUGGCAGAAGGCCUGGGCGUCGUGACUCUGAGUAUCUUAUUUGCGACGGGCUCUUGGCCUUACUCUUGGUGAUAGUUGUCACGUGCCUGUCUUCUGUGAUUUUGUCACUUUGAAGAAGGAGAUAAAAAUAAGGUGCUGAUCACACUUGCUGAGAUGGUUUUUAAGAAAGAGGUGUUUUAAAAUAUAGAUGGAUAGAUACAGAUAUCUGGUGCCAAAUUUUGACUCUUUAAAUUGCUACUUAAGAAUAGAUUCUUGUAUUAAGUCUUCAUUUCUCACCUCCUUGUACAAAUCCUGAUGGGAGGAAAAAAGAAGCAGAUAAAUUUUUGAAAAUUGAGUUCUUUCACAUCCUUUCUCUUUAUAUGGGCACAGGAGAAGUCAUUUUGGAGCCAUGGUGCUAAACUUAGUUAGAGUGGAAAUGUCUUACCUGAAUUUGUCAGAAGCCAAAACUGCUUAUAUUUGUCCCAUACACUCUGUAUCCACUUAAACAAGACUAAAACACACAUUGAUACAGGAAUGGCAAACUGCUAACAGGCUUGGAAAUGUGUGAAAAACACCAAAUUGGGCCAUUUCCCUGCAGACCAACCCUUUGGGGAGAUGGAGACUAUUGUAGGGGGGACAUUAGCUAUUCACAGCGUAAGAUUUGGGAAUUAAUGUUCACCCUUCGUGAUACGAGCACAUCACACCUGCAUGACCACAGGCUAGUGUUCAGUGUCUAAACCAGUAGACCUUUAUCUGACCUCAUAAGAUUUUUUUUGAAGAUUAAAUUAGACACAGCAUACAAAGUGCCACUCAACAUACUUAAGCCAUUAUUUUUAUUAAUGUUUUUACUGUACAUUCCUCCUGAGGGUUUUCUUCCUCACGGUACUCUGUUUAAAAGAUGCUGUUGCUGCUGACCUUUCUGGAAUGACUUUGUGGUAUGUCCUCAGAGUCUGUAACAAAGGUGUUCAAAUAUACUCAGUGUUUGUAAACUUCUGGUCCUUGAGGAUAGAUUGAAAUUUAGGGAACAGUUAAAAAUCUGAUAUUUAAAGAUGAUCAAGCCAAUGAUGUUGCUUGUAAUAAAAAAAAAAAGGUAUGACUGUAAAAGACUGGUUUUCUUACUGGGAAGAAUUUUGGUUCCCUGAAGGCAGUUUCCAGUAAGGGAUGUUUUGAAUAAUGGUGGCAUUGUCUAGCCACUAAUGGGGACUGCCUUGGAACACUUUAAAGUUACACCACUGCAUAGGAACCAAAGUAGAAAGAAGACAGAGAAUCUUUACACAUAUGUGAUUCCAGCUACAGAAAGGACUUAAAACAUUGUACGUUUCUCUGGAAAGUAAUGUCAGAGUUGUCCUUAGAGAAACUGUGGAAGGAGGAUGCUAGACGUACAGUCCCUGGUGAAUGCUGCCUGGAAAAAGCGCUCAACCUCAUACCCCAGGAGCCGCAACCUUGAAGAUCAUGUGUGGCCUUAACCAAGUCACCGAAGCCUCUUCUGCCUUAGUUCCCUCACUUGGGAAAUGGGAAUGACUGCAUUUGCCCUUUCUAUAAACCUGCCUCCCCACCUCACAGGGUUUGUUGUGAGCAUAAAGUAAAAUGUGGUAAAAAAAAUUUUAAUAUAUAAGUUAUCACAUAAAUGUCGUGGUAGUGAUUGCUUUUGGUAAAAUAUCCUGGGAAUUUUAUAAGAUGCCUUUGUGGCUUAGUCUGGGGAUAACUUGUAUGAACACCUACAGCAUAUCUAACACUCCAGGUGCUAUGAAGCAAGUUUCUCUGCCCCUCACAGACUUAGAGCAUAGUAAUAACAUGGUGCGUCCAUGUGAGAAUGUCACUGGUAGGCCAGGUAAAUACAGUAAAACCUUAUCCAUUGCCAUUGACAAGGAUCGCUGGCUUUCCAAACAUCUUUUUAAGACUUUUGAACUUUUUCAAAAGAAUGAUAGAUACUUCUCAGUUUUCUCUACCCAAGUAUACCAAGCAUAGUGGGGUUUUGCUUGUUUUUGUUCUUCACAAUCAAUAAAUCUAAAUGAAAUUCAGGAUCAAUAUAUGAGCUUUAUCCAUUUGGCCAUUUCACAACAUUUGACAUAGUUGUUCACUCUCCUUGAAACAGAGUUCAUUUACUUUUCAUGAACUCACACUCUUCUUGUCUUUCUCCUUGUAGUAAUUUUCUAUUGCUGCAUAAUAAACUACCCCAAGACAUAUCAUCCUAAAGCAACAAGCAUUACCUCCUAGUUUCUAUGGGUCAGGUAUUUGGACACAGCUUCCCUGGGUAGCUCUUACUUAGGGUCUCUCACAAGGGUCACCUCAUGGUGUUGACCGGCACUGCAGUCACCUGCAAGCCUGACUAAAGCUAGAGGGCCCACUUCCAGGAUGGUCCAUCCACAUGACUGUUGGCAGGAAACCUCAGCUGCACACCAUGUGGGCCUCUCUAUAAUAUUACUCUAAUGUCCUCAUGACAGGUGAUUCAAGAGAGUAAAGUGGGCCCUGGCCAUUGUGGCUUAGUUGGUUGGGGUGUAAUCCCACACACCAAAAGGUUGGGUGUUUGAUACCUGGUCAAGGCACAUACCUAGGUUGUGGGUUCAAUCCCCAAUUGGGGCUCAUAUGGGGUAGCAAUUGAUCAAUGUUUUGCACAUUGAUAUUUCUCCCUCUCUAAAGUCAAUAAAUAUUUUUAAAAAUUUUUUAAAGAGAGCAAAGUAGAAGCUGCAAUAUAUUUUGUGACUUGUCCUGAAAUACCACACAGUCUUACUCUACAAUAUGCCAGUUACACAGGUCAAUACCAUUCAGUGUAGUAGGACAUUACCCAGUGGUGUGAAUAGCAGAUGGGGAAUGUUGGGGGCCAUUGUGGAGACGGCUCUGCCUCCACCCUCUGAGUCAUCCUUCCUUUUCUAUGAAAUGUAGCCCAUAUUUAUAGCUACAUAGUUUUGUCAUUCUGCUUCUGCCCAGUAGAAUUUUGGGUGUCCAAAAGCCUCUUUAGAGUUUGUGUUGUAUCUCAGUCCAAGU